AUGGCUAAAGAUACGUAUUUGAAGAAGGUUUUGGGUACUCCAAGAUAUGACAAGUUGAGAAGUACCAAAGUUUUGAUGGUUGGGGCAGGAGGAAUUGGAUGUGAAUUAUUGAAAGAUUUGAUACUAUCAGGGUUUGGAGAGAUUCAUAUAGUUGAUCUUGAUACGAUCACAUUAUCAAAUUUGAAUAGACAAUUUUUAUUUCGCCAAAAAGAUAUCGAUAAAUCCAAAUCAUUGACUAUAUCCAAAGCAGUUGAAAGUUUUAAUUAUUUUGAUACUAAAUUAGUACCUCAUCAUGGGAAUAUCAUGAAUACUAAGCAGUUCCCAAUAGAAUGGUGGGGUCAGUUCAGUUAUAUUUUCAAUGCCUUAGAUAACUUGGAAGCCAGAAGGUAUGUGAAUAAGAUGAGUUUAUUUUUGAAAAAACCAUUGAUGGAAAGUGGUACCACUGGUUACGAUGGACAAAUUCAACCAAUAUUCCCCUAUGUUAGUGAAUGUUUUGAGUGUCAGGCCAAAGCAACUCCUAAAACAUUCCCAGUUUGUACAAUUAGGUCCACCCCAUCGCAGCCGGUCCAUUGUAUAACCUGGGCCAAAGAAUUUUUAUUUCAUCAACUUUUCGAUGAAAUUGAAUCCAACGAAGCAGUGAAUGAGAACAAUUUACAGAAUGAAACCGAUAACAAACAAGAAAUUGAGAACAUUAUGAAGGAAACCAAUGAGAUUAAUGAAUUAAGAACGUCGAUUAAAAAUGACUCAUCUUCAAUCUUUAUAAAGAGAUUAAUAUUGAAGAUAUUCAAGAUUGAUAUUGAAAGAACAUUGAGACUAGAGUCCUUGUGGAAGUCCCGUGCUAAACCAACCCCAUUAAACUAUGAAGAAAAUUACGAAACUGACUUGUUAGGAUUGAUAGCUGAUGAAAAGACAAACGAUGAGAAAAUAUUGGACCAAGAUACUAAAAUAUGGUCAGUUUUGGAAAAUUUAUACGUAUUAUACAGAUCCAGUGUCAAUUUACAAAAAAGAUUACUAAAGGGGGAAGAAAAAUCCAUAACUUUCGAUAAAGACGAUGAAGAUACUUUAAACUUUGUUGUAUCAUCUUCGAAUUUAAGAUGCUUUAUAUUUAACAUUGAAAUCAAGUCGAAAUUCGAUAUCAAGCAAGUUGCCGGUAAUAUCAUACCGGCCAUUGCCACCACCAAUGCAAUAAUCAGUGGGUUAUCCAACUUAUCGUCCUUGAAAUAUUAUGAUGGUGCUGAAUCCAAGAAGACUUUAGAUCAUUUUUCAACCACGUUUAUCAGUAUCCGACCAAACAAAUACGUUACCAGUGCAUCUCUAUUAGGACCAAACCCCCAGUGUGCCAGCUGUGGAUUGUCCACCAGAGGAAUCUUAGAAAUCAAUCAAGACCAAUUGAGUAAAAUGACCUUGAACGACUUGAUUGAAUCGAUUAAAUCGAAAUAUAAUUACAAUGGCGACUUGUCGAUAAUCUUAGGGUCUUCCAGAUUGAUUUACGACUACGAUUUUGAAGAUAACCUCGAAACAAAGCUCUGUGAUAUCAAAGGAUUUGUAAACCAAGAGUUACUAUUAAUACAAGAUGACGAGGACGAGUUAGAAAAUCUUGAGCUUUUCAUCAACUACAACUCCAGCACCCAGCUAGAAUUGCCCCAACUCACCUUACGACAAAAGAAGGUGCCUGUUACUGAGAAACCCCAACCCGUUGAACCAGUGGCUGCCGAUAACCAGCCAAUCUACAUUGAAGAUGAAGAUUCUUUGAUUCGGGACGCAGAGGAAAUCGAAUUGGACGAACAACCUUCAUUGAAGAAACGCAAAACCCAAAAACCAAUCGAAGUUUAG